AUGCCGCCCUUCCAACGACCCAACUCGUCGCGUUUCCUGCCUUCUUCCACCCACACAGCUGCCUGGCGCACGCCCCCGCGGCAACACCUCGACUUCGACCUCGACGAUCCCCAUCUCUUAGCACUCGCCACCACCGACUUCUCUUCGCCCUCACUCCCUCCUCUCUCGGUACCGCCAUCGCCUCGUCCUCCCACCAACACGGCACGCCCCUUCGAGCUGCCCAGGCCGCUCGACGAUACCCACGGCAGCAUGCCAUAUCCAACGCAGAGGAGAACCUCUAGAGCCGCUCGGGCUGCUGGCGGCGGCGUCGUGGACCUGACAAAAGAGGAGCCCGAAAGCGAUGAGGCCCUGUCCGUCAUCCGUGAUGCCCCAACGUCGCUUCCGAUGCCCUCUCUGCCACGACAGCCUCUAGCUCCUGCCACAGGCGCCACCUCAAGCACAUCGAGCUCGUUACGCAAACGCCGCGCGUCCUUAUCACAGCCUCCAACGCCUCGACCAACAAAGUCUAGAAGACCAGACGGUGCAGAUUCAGACCCGUUCGGAGAUGACAUCGAGGCAGACCUCUUCACCACGAAGCCUCCAGCCGCAGCAGAAGAAAGUAUCGACUUGUCAAAUGCAACCGAGGUGCCCAAGGAGCUCUUAGCCCCCAAGGUCGACAACAGGGUGAAGCUGGGCAAGUUUCAGUGCGUGAUCUGCAUGGACGAUGUGACUGCCCUCACAGUCACGCAUUGCGGUCACCUGUUUUGUUCGGAAUGCUUGCAUUCUGCUCUGCACAUAGACAGCAACAAGAAGACAUGUCCAGUCUGCCGAACGAAAGUGGACAUGAAGAACGCAAAGUCGUCGAAAACUUCCAAAACAUAUUACCACCUCGAGCUCAAGCUCAUGACAACAAGGAAGCAAGGCAAGCGUCCAGCCGGUUGA